CAGGUCUAUUUCGAUGUUCUGAGAACGUCCUUACGAUGUCUAACCGGUCACUUUUCGGUUCCUUCGUCCCAGAACUUCGGCUGCUGACCUAGCUACGAUACGGCAACUCCACAGCAAUACCCCGAAUGCUCCUCCGGGCGAUAAGAAUCCAAUGAUAUCCUACGUGAUCGAUCUCUCUGCGUCGCCUACUCAUUUAGCGGCGACAAUAUGUCCGCGCGACAGUCUCAGAACACUCCGAGUCCGUCCGCAUCCUCCAUAUUCCUCCCGCUUGGUCGACGAGGUUCACGCGCGUCUUUAUCAACCCAGGCAGAACAAGAGAACCUGAACGCAGCACUAGACCAAAUUCAUAAUGCGGCCUACCAAUCAGACUCCCUUACCGUGUUUAAUGAAUUUACAAACCCGCCGGCUCCGACAGCCACGACGGAUGAGAAUAGCAUAUCGGGCGAGAUCCAAGGAGGGUUGAGUGGGCUGUAUAGUCGGUUUCGGGGUGGUGUCAGGGAUAUAGUUAGCGGCGUGGGAAAACAGUCGGAUAAAGCAUCAGAAAGCUCCCGGGUGAAGAGUCCGGUAUCAGAGCAUUCCGAUGCUAGGUCUACUGCCGCGGAGUCUCAGUACAUGCACCCAAACUCCUCGCAGGGAUCAAGGCUUCAUUCACCAAUUCCUGGACAACUCCAAAGCAAUCAGGAUGCGUCGAUUCACCUGGGUCCGGCUAAGGGCUCGAAGCUGUCCUCCAAAUCUGCCAGCAUAUCUUCCAAGGCUUCGGUCUCGGCGUCUCCUGCCAUCAAGUCCCCCGCUGCUCCCUUGUCCAAAACGACUGGUGCUCUUGCAACUGCGGAUCCAACAGUCUCUGAACUCCAUGUGAAUGCAGUUAAGGAACCCCUUCGUCAUUCCGAUACGUUACAGAGCAUAGAUUCUACAGCUACUAAUAAAGGAGAUAACUCGCGCCCUGGGUCGCUCAGUCAGAGUUCCUCGCGGUUAACGCACUCGCCUGUUCUGUCAGCAAAACCCCAUAGUAGUCUUCACAAUGAGGGGUCGAAUGCUCCAGAUAUCAGUAGGCCUUCCACCUUGAGUGGACAGGUGACUGAGGGAGCUAUAGAUCGCCAUGGUUUCUCUGAGCUAGACACCGGUUUACCUACUCAGAAGCGUCAGCGGACACUGGACGGGACGGAGGAUCUGACACGAGAGAGACUAAGAACCGGCUCGGCAGCAUCAUCCCGACUAGAUGAAUUAAACUCAGGACCCGCGACAAGCAGUGUUACACAAUCUCCAAAAGCCGGCAAUAGUUCGCUCCAUGAGGAAGAACCAGUCUCUCCAACUCAUACAACUUCACGACCGUUUGUGGAUAGCGAAACCCAAGCUGGGGAGUCGUCAAGUGCAUCAGCGAAACGAAGAUCUAUAGAACAGAUCGCAGUACCAAGUCCGGGCCGCCUUAUUGAUAAGGGGGUGCCUGGAACUCCGUCACUCGGGACAAUAUCAAAGUCAUCUACUAUAUCACCGCUAGACACGACACUCGAUCGCACCCCGAGUCGAAGCUCUCGAAACAGGCGCCCCCAGGUUUCUGGUGGUGAUGGUGCCACGCCACAUAUGAGGAGUAAUCUAUUGAGCAAAGAAUUUUGGAUGCGUGAUGAGAAUGCUAAGGAUUGUUUUCAUUGUGGCGAGCCUUUUUCCACCUUUCGGCGAAAGCACCACUGUCGGACCUGCGGUCAGAUAUUCGAUUCCAAGUGUACACUCACAAUACCAGGCACCCAGUUUGGACAGCCUGGCAGCAUACGAGUGUGCAAGCCUUGCGAAGCCAUGAUUAAUGCACAUGAUGAUGACUCGUCCGAAUUUUCGGACAGUGACCAGAGCCCCAUGGCAGUCAACCCUCGUGUUUCUGAACUUAGUUUUGGGAAUGCGCGUCGAAUGUCUCUUGUCGAUGACGACGAUACAUCAUCAAUAGUUUCCCAGUCUGUGGAUAGUGUUAUGAAGGCACCGACGAUGGCAAUACCAGCCACAAGACGUGCUGGCGAGGGACACAAUCGUCGUUCAGCCAUCCUCGAGAUCAGUCCAGACAGGCCAUUAGCAAGGCCCACAUCUUCGAAAUCAUUGAAGUCCUCUUUGAGCGGAAGGCCACAUUCAAUAGGCCACAAGCGCCAUCACUCGCGACAACAGUACAUUCGGAAUUUUAAGCCUUACCAUGAUGAACGUGCCCCAUUUCAACGACGCCAGGUGGAAGACACUGAUGGUGAAUCCCGACUUCCUGCCUUCCAUAAAGACAAUAUAAUAGACCCAGAUUUGGCGCAGUAUCUCUCCGAUGAUGCAUCUAGUGGCGACGAACAGCCAAGCUUGCUCUCAGCUGUGUCAGAGAGUCCUCUUUCGAAAAGUAGCGGCGACAAUGAGAAAUCGGGCUUAGGUGGGCUGUUUAAUAUCAUGAAGAAGGGCCGGUCUGCUUUCGGUGACCGAAGCACUGCCGGGCGUGAGGUAGAUGAAGGUAGUAUCGCCAGCUCGAAGGCCGUUAAUGUCCCACGUCCCCGACGUCGCAACUUGAGUAUCGCCAGUAGUAUUCGUCAGUCACCUCGAACAUCGAAAGAGGUUGUUUUCAGUAACACACAGGAACCUUCGAAUACAGGUUCUAUGGUUCCGGCAAUGACUUCAACUGGGUUCAAGAUGACUAGGAGCUCGUCCAUGAGAGGGGCCGGAGCACCACCUGUUGAAAUGAAUCAGGCCAGUUUGCAACAUGUCCGAAAGCUUCUCCGUCAGCUUUUGAGUGAUGCGUCGAUCCCUCAUCCCCAGAGUUGGGAGACGGCGCUGUUGCCCAUUCUCUUGAAAGCGGCUGAUGAGGUUGAUCCGGACGUUCAACAUGGGGAUGAUAUGGAUAUCCGUCAUUAUAUUAAAUUGAAGAAGAUUGUUGGUGGUCAGCCUGGGGACACAUCGUACGUCUCCGGCUUAGUCUUCAGGAAGAAUGUUGCGCUCAAGAGCAUGCCCAGAAGCAUCCCUAACCCUAACAUUCUGAUCAUUACGUUUCCACUUGAAUAUGCGCGUCACCAGCAGCACUUCAUGAGUCUUGAGCCUGUGAUCCGGCAGGAACGCGAGUUCCUUGAAAAUCUUGUUAGCCGUAUAGCUGCCUUGCGGCCGAACCUUCUUUUGGCAGAGAAGAAUGUUUCCGGGUUAGCUUUGGAGCUGCUCGAAAAGCUCAACAUCGCCACGGCUUACAACGUCAAGUCUUCCGUUCUUGAAGCGGUAUCUCGUUGCACACAAACGAAGAUAAUUACCUCUAUGGAUAAACUCGUGACCACCCCGAUGAAAAGCGAGUGCAGCAGCUUUGAUGUCAAGACGUAUGUCUACAACCGUCGUAAGAAGACAUACAUGUACAUCUCUGGUUGCCCGAAAGAGCUUGGGUGUACGAUUGUGUUACGAGGUGGCGACAAGUCUGUACUUGGGAAAGUAAAGAGCAUCACCGAAUUCAUGGUGUAUGUGGUCUACAAUCUCAGGCUGGAAACUUGUGUGAUGAGAGACGAAUUCGCCAAAAUACCGACUUCAUCGGAGGUUGAGCCAAAGGAGGGUGAAGCCGGGACGCGUUCGAAUACCCCAUUGUUGGCAUACAAAGAAGGGGACACGACAAGCAAUGCUCAGCAAGAGCCAAAUGAGAACGGAGAACGGCCUGCCCUUGAGAGGAAGUUGACGGUAACGAGCGAAGAGACCGAGGUCCCCGAUGAUGUCCCUAUGCCUACGUACUAUGAAGACAUGGUGCAAGACCACGAGAGAAAAAUUCUGUCCGCCUCUCCCUUUGUCAAAUUCGAGCCUCCCCACCUACUCAUGCGUGCAAGAGAAUUGGAACGCAGACUUGCUUAUCUGAAACGUUUGCGGGAUCAAGAUGUGGAUUCUGAUCCGUCAACAGAUGAGAAGACGAAGGGCCAGAAGUUCAUCCUCAUCACACCUGAGAUGGUCCAUGAAUCACCUCAAAAUGCGCCCCUCAAAGUGAAAGAGGUCUUGCGUGCGGCCCAUGAUGCGGAAUACGACAGAGCGCUCCAUCACUAUAUGACCCAAAAACGGCAAUGGGAGACUUACGUGUCUGGGAGUAAUUCCAACCUCUUCGAUCCAUACGCACAUCAGAAUAUCGCAGUUCUCUUUAGCCUUGUUUGCACAACAACUUCAAUUCCUUGUUCUGGUCCGGACUCGUUUGCCAUCGAGUUCUACAAUGAGCAUGGUGACGAUACUGUUUUCGAGCCAGAUUGCACGUUGGGGCAAUAUGUGGAAGACCUAUGUCACACCGCCAACGGCAUCUGUACGGCGAACGGCUGUGAACGGCGCAUGUAUGAGCACCAUCGUCAAUACGUGCAUGGUGAAGCUCAAAUAAGUGUGCUCAUUCAGCACUAUCCCUCAAAGCUUCGAGGCUUGCAAGACUCCAUUCUGAUGUGGAGCUGCUGCAAAAUCUGUGGAAACGAGACCCAGGUUUUCCCAAUGUCGGAUAGUACCUGGAAGUACUCCUUUGGGAAAUACUUGGAGCUUUCCUUCUGGAGCAAGAAUUUGCAUGCUCGAGCCGGCGUCUGUCCUCAUGAUUUGCAACGCGACCAUGUGCGUUAUUUUGGUUUCAAAGACAUGGCGUUGCGGAUCCAGUACGAUAAUAUCAACUUGUUGGAGAUCAUUGUUCCUAGAACUCGAGUUACUUGGAAGGUGGACAACGACCUACGACUCCGGAAUAAAGUCUUCCAAAAAAUGGAGCAACGAUUGAACAAGUUUAUGGUCUCUGUUAAAUCCCGGCUGAAGGGGAUUAACGUCCAAAGUGUUGUCCCAGAACGCAUCGGGCAGUGCGAGAACGAAAUUGAACUGCUGAACAGAAAGGCAGCCGAGGAUCAAGCCGACUUGCUUCGACGACUACAGGAGAAGUAUACCAAUUCUCGGUACUGGGAACUUAUUCCGUUCAACGAAGUUCUUCGUUCUGCACAGGAGAAGGUCGUCGAGUGGGACAACGUGUUUACGGAAUUUGAAAAGAAUUACUUCCCUUCAGAGAAGGAUAUCAGGAGAUUGGCAACCCUUCAGUUGAAAAAGAUUUUCAAGGAUGCUUCGAUUUCUUUCGCUCCGUCAGAAGAACCGGCAACGACUCCUGCCGGAACGGACAAUGAAACGAACAAGGAGGAUGGGCGACCCUUUAUGAUGCGCCGUAUGACGCUUUCGCCGGAAAAAGCCCAAGACGUGCUUGUUUCUGUUGUUGAAGAGCACUCCGGGAAGAAGCAUAGAGGGGACGAGAUUGAACCCCCUCAGGUGGAAGAGGUCGAAUCAGCAACGCCAUCGCUUGAUGAGAAAACGGGGUCGUCGCCCCAGGAGCAGGCCGUGGCACAAAAAGAAGUGCGCCAUCUGGACCUAGCUGUUCCUUCUGGUCAGACAGAACAGCAUGCACCGACUCAGGACGUUCCCGCAAGCGCCACAAACACUCACGAGCCUGUUCCGACUCCUGACAGUGAGAAUCCUCCUACAAGUCCUUCCCAGGAGCAGGCAGAGCUACAAGUGGAUAAGCCCCCGCAGGAAGCCGUCGAAAUUCCUGGAAGACGCACUCCAACCACUCCAACUCCGUCUGCCAUUCCACGCCUCGCUGAAGCUGCUUUCCGACGUAGUGGGAAAGCUAGAUCGCCCCCGCUAUACCGCGCACAAUCUCAGCCCGCUCAUCUUCAAAAGGAGAAAAGUCGAACCGGGACUCGAUUAGCAGGUAUAGGUUCAGAAGUCGUAGACGAAACUCCGAACCCUCCUCAUGACAAACCGAAGGGAUCGGACAAGAAGUUGACUGAGCGUCUUGGGCUCACUGCCCUCAAGCAUGGAAGGCUUCCGUCGGGUCACUCGUUCAUUCCACGUAAGCGUGUGUCCAACUUGGCCAAACAUUUCGAGCAGAUGACUAGGGAGUUCGAGAAGGAGCGGCAGCGUGAGAUGCAACGUCGAGCUGCCAGAGGCACGCAUUCGCGCGCGUAUCCUUUGGCGUCGUCAAAGCCCAUUGUCGAGGUGUAUAAGAACGUCCGCGAGGCGGUUGAGGAACGAGAGCCCUCUGGGGAAGGGGAGGACUUUAUCUCGUCGUCAGCGCCGCGUCUGGAAUCGAGUCGGACAAGCGAGGAGUUCCCGAAACGCGUCUCAGAAGAAGAGCCUAGGAAAGCUCUCCCGCAGCUGCCGACACAGAAAUCGGCAGAUCCUGUAAUACCAACUGAGCCAGCGGAGCCAGAGGAACCAGCAGAGCAUGAGGAUCAUGCUCGAACUGACGAGGCAAUUGCUUCUGACGGCGAGCACAGCGACGAAGAUAGAAUCUCGGCAGACGGGCUUCAAAUGAUGGACUCGAAUGAAGAGAUUCCAAAGAUGUCUCCAGACGAUGAACCUAUGGACUCGAUCGAUCUCAAGAACCACGAGAGAAGCACGCUCUUGAAACUAUUAACAAAAUUCUGGUCCGAACGCUCUGCCAGUGGAUGGGCGCCUCUCGAAUACCCGCUCACCAUGUCGGACCAUGUAUUCGCAGACUGCGACAUCAUUGUGCGCGAAGAUGAGCCAAGUUCCUUGAUUGCGUUUGCCCUGGAUUCCAGCGACUACACCGAGAAACUAGCCAGUAUCCAGCAACGUCAUGAGGAAGAGGAGCCGACUAUUGGAGACGAUGCGGAACAAAAGCGUGUUGAAAAGGCGCUCUUGCGUGACACCGGAACCCAUCUCAAGUACCAGUUCCAGGAGGGACAAGCCAAGAUGCUCUGCAAGGUGUUCUACGCUGAACAGUUCGAUGCCCUACGGAAGAAGUGCGGCGUCGCUGAUCGGAUCGUGGAAUCGCUAUCCCGCUGCGCAAAGUGGGAUUCCAAAGGCGGCAAGACGAAGUCUAUAUUCCUGAAGACGCUUGAUAACCGGUUCAUCCUGAAGUCGCUGGCACCUAUCGAGACGCAGGCAUUCCUCAAGUUCGCGCCGGGGUACUUCCAGAUCAUGUCGGAGGCGCUUUUCCACGAGCUGCCGUCUGCUAUUGCCAAGAUGUUUGGGUUCUACCAAGUGAUUAUCAAGAACCCAGCGACGGGAACCGAGUUCAACUGGUUCCUCUUGCUAAUGGAGAACUUGUUCUACGACCGCGUCCCGCAACGCAUCUUCGACCUCAAGGGCUCAAUGCGAAACCGCAAGGUAGAAAGCACAGGAGAACGCAACGAGGUCCUUCUCGACGAGAACAUGGUAGACUUCAUCUACGAAACACCGCUCUUCACCCGGGAACACUCCAAGAAACUACUCAGCCAGAGCGUCUGGAACGACACCUUGUUCCUGGGCCGCCAGAACGUCAUGGACUACUCGCUCAUGAUAGCCAUCGAUGAAAGCCGAUCGGAGCUAGUCGUCGGUGUCAUCGACUGUAUCCGCACGUACACCUGGGAUAAGAGACUGGAGUCGUGGAUUAAGGACCGGGGGUUCGCUGGUGGAGGCAAGAAUCGACCUACCGUGACGAGUCCUAAGGAGUACAAGAGUCGGUUUAGGGAGGCGAUGGCGAGAUAUGUGCUUCAGGCGCCGAGUUGCUGGCAUCAAUUCCAACAUGCGCCGGUAUAUUGGCAUCCGAGGGUUGGACAUCAGGUUAAUUACGCCGCUGAUGCUGAUGAUGGGAAUGAUAUUGCUGGUUCCUAGUGCCAUUGACUGGAUGAUAACGAUAAUGAUAAGACAGACAUGCACAUAUGGCGUUCUUUUGGGAUGCUGUACAUUGAUGGAUAUGGAGGUUUUCUUUAUGGCAUAGUAUACAUAUUCCUGUUCAUGCUUUUACUCUGUUUUGGAGAUAUUGUUUAUACAGAAGAGCAUACCAUUGGCUA